GGGAAAGGGCUGGGGGCGGGGAAACGAAUCCUGGGAACGUGGGGGGCUGCGCGUGGAGCGUUUGGAGGCUCCGUGGGCGGUGGUAGUAUUGAUUUUUCUGACAUUCAUCAUGAUAACUCCAGCAUUUGAACUGAGCCAAGAUCCAAAUUUUCUUACAAUAACUAUCAAAGUACCUUAUGCACGAGUUUCAGAAUUUGAAGUCUAUUUUGAAGGGAAGUUGUUCCGUUUUUAUGCAAAACCUUACUUUCUCAGAUUAACCCUUCCUGGAAGAGUUGUAGAAGAUGGAAGAGAGAAAGCAUCAUAUGAUGAUUCAGGGAUAUUUACAAUCCACCUUCCCAAAGAGAUUCCUGGAGAGAAGUUUGAUGGCCUAGAUAUGUUGACAGCUCUGUUAGCACCAAAGAAAUCCAGAUCAGCUAAACCUUUAGUGGAAGAGAUGGGUGCUCCAGAUGAAGAGAACAUGGAGGAGGAGGAGGAGGAAGAAGAAUUUGACUGGGAAGUAGAACAGACUCUUCAGGAAGAAAGUACAGAGGAUCCCUUGUGUCCAUCUGCUACCUAUGGAUUUGGAAGCCAGAAAUCAGGAGUAUUUAGACGUCUUCAGGAUGAACUUAAUGAAGUUGUUGAUAUUAAAAAUCCAGACUUAACCCCUGCAACUGAACGCAGAGAAAAACGACUUGCAGCAGAAGCUGCUAAAUUUGAUCCUGAUCAUUACCUGUAUGAUCUAUUUUGA